AUGGGCGAGCACCAACUGAGUUAUGAAGAGUUGGUAGAUUGUAUAGUCCACGACAAGCAGGUUCCCAACAUUUUGCAUGUACCUAAUGUAACGCUUGAUCCGUCUCUUAGUAAAGAUUCCAGCAUGCGUCCCCGCCUAAAGCCGUGGGAAACCACGGCCACCAACCCAGUUCCCAGCGUUAAUGUCCCUAAAGAGGCAUCCCCAGCAAUACUUUCGAGCAAAGAGGAGUUUCCACGAUCCCAGAGCUCCAAAAGCCUCUCAAAAUACUAUUCGAUUGAAACCGAAUUCGAGCAGCAAUUACAGAAUUUCCUCGGCGGUGGUGACGAGCAAAUUUCGACUAGUGAGUCCCAGUAG